AUGUCGUUCGAAGAAAUUGAUACAGAAGACAACGCUAAUUCACUAAGUGAAAUGAGCUCUUUGGAUGAUGAUCUUGAUAGAAUGCAUCUUGAAUCUGCAAGUUCCGACGAAGAAAUGACUGAUGACGAGGUAGACCCAAAAAUUUGGAAUGAAAUAGAAUCAACAUCGGAUGCAGAAUUCAUGGAAGAUCAUGGACUCAUCGAAGAAGUAACUUCUGCUUGGGAAGAUAAUACGGUCAAUCCUAUCGAUUGUUAUCGGCAUUUCAUCACAGACGAAAUUAUUGAUCUUAUGACUCGUAUUUUUACAGAAGUUGGAGAAUUGUGGAACAGUUUUACUAUCCCCCAUUUCAAUAUCUUUUAUCAAAGACGUACAAAUAGUAAAGGUGGUGUGGUGGUAGCGGUAGGAAAACAUCUUAAAGCAACACGAAUUGAUAUUAAAACAGAGAACACGGUGAUAGUAGAUAUUGAUGGUUUAACUGAACCAGUUAGGGUGAUCGGAGUUUAUUGGCCCCAUUGCCAAAAUCGAAAUUUAGAUGAAUUAUCACCCUUCAUAACAGGAAAAACGGUUCUAGCCAUGUGGCCGACUGUUGCAUUAUCAUGUAAUUAUUGCCAUUGUAAUGCAUUAUUUUGCGCAAUAAUGCGUUAUAAUGGCAAUAAUUACAUGAUAAUGCAACAGUCGGCUACAUGGAUAGCUGGAGAUUUUAAUGCUUCAGUUUAUGAAUAG